AUGUUUGCCGACACAGAAUUCAAACUCAAUUCCCAGUUUAGAGGUUUUCAAAAUACGCCUAUUUCCUUUGCUUACGAAUCGUACACUUUUCUUAAUGAGCAAUCUACCCCCGACAGAUUCUUGGGGACGAGUGACGUCGAAAGUAUAGCCUUGGAUAAUUUUACGAGCCCUAGUUUAGCUCCAUUCGACUAUACCUCAACCCCUGCACCCAUGAUUAGUUCCCGAGACCGUCUUCCCGAACAAAUAAAUCCUCCAGGAAAAGGCCCCAGCACGCCAAAAAUGGCAAACAGUUGGAGACGGGCCGCCUCAGCCCACGACGGACAAGUACAUCCCGGAACCGGCCCAGUUACCCCGUUGCGCAACCUAUCUACACCCAGUUUAUCAACACCUACGUGGUCGAGCGCGUCUAGCUCCGUUGAAGACGCGCUCACACCCUGGGAUUACGAAAAUGAGCUUCCCACGGCAAACAUUCUGCAGGACAGUGUUUAUGCUCUCAAUGUUGACACCUUCAACUCGGCGGCCGUUCAAUCAUGGUACUCCUGUGACCCUCCGUCACCUAGCUGCCUCACUUUCAAGAGCAGAAAACUUGGAGACAACCGAAAACGAGCCGCAAAGACCAGCCAAUCGCAAGUCAGCCCAAUGAAGAUCUCUAGUGAAGCCGGAUAUGACAAAGUGACGCUGGAUCUGGUGCCAAAACCAAUGUUCAGCUGCCGUUAUCUUGGAUGUCACAAGGUGUUUCGCCGACGAGAGCACUUGAAGCGUCAUAAGCAAACCUUCCAUGGAGAAGGACCAAAUCGCUUUACUUGCGAAUUCUGCGGCAGGGACCAGUUCAACCGCAGAGACAACUUAAACAACCACCGAAAGCUGCACGCUCGUCCUAGUCACGGUAAUCGCACAGUCAAGUUCAUUCCGGCUGCUAUCCCUAUUAUUGAGAAAGAGGAAGGCAGGCGAAAGAGACGAGCAACAGCAACAGCUAGGACAUGA